AUGCCUCGAGCCGGCUAGAUACAUAAACAGGGUAUCGCUCUCUCGCUGCUCACCGUAAUCUCAUUACUGCCGUUUAUCCGUUUGGAGCAUCGCGUCGGGGUUAAUUUGUGUCUGCACUGUUAAAUUGGCUUUAGCUAAUACACCCUGCGCCGCUAACGCUAAUCAACGUGCCCACGGCUGCCCGGUGACACGAGCUGUGCCGGCGUGGUGCGGCUUUUGUCAUCAUCCCGUCCUCCUCACCCCAGUGUCGGAUAACCGCGAGUCCACGCGUUUAUGAGGAGGCCGACGUAAAGAAAGAGUCCCGCUCAUUGUGAGAGUUUAUUCUAAACGUCACGUUGGCUUUUGUAUUCCGGUGAGACGUGUGUCUGUAUGUUAACGUUAGAAACCCCACUGAAUGUGGGCAUAUGCCCCGCUGUGUGGCCGUAGUCUUGAUGGGUCAUAUUAGAUAUAUGGAGCUUCAUGGUGCCAGGGAAAUAACUCAUGCAUAGCUCUGUAACUUGAGUCAAGUGUAACGCGCGUUAUCAAAGUAUGACGGGACAUUAAUCAUCUUGGAAUGACGCGUACUGCUGUUUUGCAAUUGAAAGAAAUACCUUGAUUUAUAAAAAAAAAAAAAAAAAAAGCCUGUGACGUAGAUGAAAGCAUUGAUUCACUAAAGUGUGAAUCAUAUGGUGUACAGUCAGGCUUAAGGAUAGGAAGGGGUGUGGACAUCAGUGUGUUUCUGACUUUUUGUAUUUCUUAAAUCUGAUGAUGUAGAUGCAUAGUCAUGUUAAUACCCACACUCCUUCUGUAUAAUGUUGUUUAUUUCAAUAUUUAUGAAGUGACAUUAAAGUAGAUCUUACCGGAAAGCCGCGAUUUACAAUGUACAUCCUUCCACUGUGUUCCGGUUCAACAGGUUCUCUCACUGUAUGAGGUUAUUCAUUCAGAUGUUUGAUGCUAGUUCCAAAUGCAAUAUUAACUUUCUCCUCCUUGAGGCUAUUAUUGGCGAGCUGAGCGUGACCUAGAGUGGCCUUUCACGGGGUGAGCAAAAGUGUUGUCAUUGGUUGUCCGCUGCUCAGUGCCCUUUGGCCUAACCCACAGGCGGUUGUGGGGCUGAUGAGCGUGAACCCUAAGUGAGAGAACUGGCACGGUUAAAACACACCCUUUCAAUGUGGUCUUGCGUACAAUAGAGCACUGAAAUGUGACCGGACAUGCAGAGAACCGUUUGGUACCGAGCAAGAGGAGUCACCAGAGUGUAGUUUCUAGCCAGCAGACGGAUACAGAGAGUGGAUAAUCUUUCGUGUCACAUUUGUUGGGAGUGGACCAAAUAUUCCCAUAUCGCAGUUGUGGGAUUCUUACAAUUGUUUACUCUGGGGGUCGUGAGAGGGGGGGCCUUCAUUCUUCUGAGGCUUCAAAACUUCUCCGUGACCGGCACACACCAACAUUUAAAACUAGUCUGACAACCAGGGCUACCCACUUCUUCCAGAGAAGAGCAUGGGUCUACAGUCAGACUCUGCCCUUGAGGCUAUUCUCCUGUUUCCAAUCCACCUUGUGGUGUGGCUGUACUCCGUCCUGUCCUUCCUUCCCUGGUACUACAUCACCGGGGCCGGGGAAAGAAAAGCCCUGUCCAAGCGGAUAAAGGCCCGUUCCAUUUCGGGCUGUGCGGAGGGACCUUACCGCUGCGUGGACCACUUUGAGUCCUUAGCCAGGGAAGACCUCCCGGGCAAAGACACGCUGGAUAAGCUGUUCGAGCACGCUGUGCAACGCUUCGGGCAAGCGCACUGCCUCGGCACCAGAGACGUACUGAGUGAGGAAAAUGAGAUUCAGUCAAGCGGUAAAGUAUUUAAAAAGCUGAUCCUGGGGGAGUAUAGAUGGCUCUCCUACAAUGAAGUGGACUCUAUAGUCAGUCAGUUUGGCAGUGGGCUGGCAGCUAUGGGACAGCAGCCCAAAAGCACUAUCGCAAUCUUUUGCGAAACCAGAGCGGAGUGGAUGAUCACAGCCCAGGCAUGCUUCAGGCGCAACUUCCCGUUGGUGACAUUCUAUGCCACUCUGGGAGAGGACGCCAUUGCAUUUGGACUGAACGAGACUGGAGUGACUCAUCUCGUUACCAGCGUGGAGCUGCUCGAGACUAAACUGAAAAAAGUGCUUCCACUGAUCCCAAAACUGAAGCACGUGAUCUACGUGGACCAGAAGAAAAUGAACACAGAAGGCUACCCAGCGGGGCUCUCCACCCACAGCAUGCAGGCCGUGCAGGAGCUGGGCGCGCUGCCGGAGAAUAUGGGGAGGGCGGUUGUGAAGCCCCAGCCCUCUGAUCUGGCCAUGGUGAUGUACACCAGUGGCUCCACAGGCAGACCGAAGGGAGUCAUGAUCGUCCACAGUAACCUAAUUGCGGGAAUGACGGGCCAGUGCGAACGCAUCCCUGGACUUGGGCCUGACGAUACCUACAUAGCUUAUCUGCCCCUGGCUCAUGUUCUGGAAAUGACGGCUGAAAUCUCCAGCGUCACAUAUGGCUGUCGGAUCGGCUACUCGUCCCCCCAGACCCUGUCGGACCAGUCCACCAAGAUAAAGAGAGGAAGUAAAGGAGACAGCUCUGUGCUCAAACCCACCCUGAUGGCAGCUGUGCCAGAAAUCAUGGACCGCAUUAACAAGAAUGUGAUGAGCAAAGUGCAGGAAAUGAAUGUCAUUCAGAAGACGCUGUUUACGCUGGGCUACAAAUAUAAACUGGAGCAGAUCAAGAGGGGCUAUGACGCACCGCUCUGCAAUGCCCUGUUGUUCCGGAAAGUGAAGAAACUCCUUGGGGGACGGGUGAGGAUGAUGCUGUCUGGAGGAGCCCCCCUGUCCUCGGCCACGCAGCGGUUCAUGAAUGUGUGUUUCUGCUGUCCAGUGGGUCAGGGCUACGGCCUCACGGAAACCUGCGGAGCAGGCACCAUCACGGAGGUUGUGGACAUCAGCACGGGUCGCGUUGGCGCUCCCCUUAUUUGCUGCGAGGUCAGACUCCGGGACUGGGCCGAAGGUGGCUACACGAGCAGAGAUGAGCCAAACCCAAGAGGGGAGAUCCUGAUUGGCGGCCCCAACGUAACCAUGGGUUACUACAGACAGGAGAGCAAAGACCAGGACUUUUUCGCAGACGAAAAGGGACAGAGAUGGUUCUGCACCGGAGACAUUGGAGAGAUUUACCCCGACGGCUGUCUUCAAAUAGUGGAUCGCAAAAAAGACUUGGUCAAGCUGCAGGCCGGGGAGUACGUGUCUCUCGGCAAAGUCGAGUGCGCUCUGAAAAACUGCUCUAUCAUAGACAACAUCUGUGCUUAUGCAAACAGUGACCAGAACUACGUGAUCAGCUUUGUGGUUCCCAACCAGAAGAGGAUGACCGAUCUGGCCAAACGGAGAGGCAUUCUGGGGGAAUGGGAAGAGAUCUGCACCCACCCGGACAUGGAAAGAGAGGUCCUGAAGGAGAUCAAGGAGGUUGCUGCUAACAUUAAACUCCAACGAUUCGAGAUUCCAGUGAAGGUGCAUCUGAGUCCGGAGCCGUGGACCCCCGAGACGGGCCUCGUCACGGAUGCGUUCAAGCUGAAGAGGAAGGAGCUGAAGAACCACUAUCUCCACCACAUAGAGAGAAUGUACGGGGGCAAAUAACGCCGCUCUCCUUCGCCUGAGCGUCUCCAUUGUAACCAUAACCACUGUAAAUAAUCCUCCCAGUGGCACCCACAUGGAUUUGUGUGCCGUUUUGCGUACCAAAGGCGUCUAAAUGAAAAUGCCUUGGAACAAAGAAGCUGUAGAUGGUUGUAGCUGUUGAUCCAUGUGUCCUGCUUUCUAUUUAUUUGUGUGGACGUUUCGAUUGCACUCAAGUGACCACUCUUAUUCCAGGAAAAAGAGCCGAGACUAUUACCGCACAUAACUGCCAUCCACUUAAAUCAGCUGGACCUCAGUUUGUAGCUGAUUUAAAAGGAAAAGUACCACUGUUCCUCCCCAUGUGUUGCUGAUGCUUUGUUGUUAAUUCAAUUGAAAAUAUGAACUGUAAUCAUCAGGGAGGCUUGUAUUGCUUUUUGUUGGUGUCAAUUUGGAGUACUAAUGUUACUGUGCCUUUUAGUCUGCAGUACCUGUGUAGUCGAGCAGAAGUAAGUGGCAUCUAGUUAAAAACAAACGGGUCACGUUGUGACAAAUGCUUUGCUGCCAUGUUGUUUUACUUGAAGAAAAACCUCCACACUCUGAGGUACACCGAUCAUUUGGAAUUAAACACUCGUGAUCACGUCUGCUUAUCCACCACACUUUCUUGUGAUAUUUCAUUUAUACUUUUUUGCUAUUGUGUCAAUUUAUUCGGGAGGUGAGACCAAAAUGUGACCAUACAUGACUCAGGAAGACAAGCUAAUGUUUUAUUAUAUAAAAGUUGUACAAUAGCGGGUUUACUUGUAUAGAAAGGUUUUGUCAAUUAUUGUGGACGGUGUACUUAUUUAGGAGCAAGCAUGUUUGGCUACUAACCAAUUGCUAAAAUGUUUACUUGCAUUAGCUAGUCGGCACGUGUCGUAAUACUGUGCGUGUGUUACUUCAGUUCCUGGGUUAAUGUACAAUUUGGUAAAAGGGUUAUCUGAAGUGGAGUCUGUUUUCUAUGUAUUUUUCAAAGUGUUGUCGUGUUGAUAGAUUUGCAUCAUUUCAACUUAUAAAAAACACGUCAACAGUUGAUUUACAGUUUGGUGAACCUGUGUAUUUAUCUCCAUUAUGAUCACAUGCCUUGUUCAACAUUUACAGAAUAAACAACUUUUUGUA